AUGGAAUCGGCUUUUACAUCAAGAAUAACAAGAACACCGACGACGGCAACGUCAGCCAAGCCGUUCUCGCCCGCGCAAGCAGCCGACACGCCGUCUUCGGGAUCGUCGCAACCUCCGACGGCCGUCAACGACAACGGCAGCAACAACCCGGUCGUCCGUCCUGAGACCGGAGACCUGAGCGGGAGCAGGGUCCGAAGCAGCUCCGCUACCGGCACCGGCACCGGCACCGGGCGCAAGAUCGAGCGCUCGUGUCACCUCUGUCACCGGCGCAAGGUCCGCUGCGACAAGAAGCUACCCUGCGCGUCGUGCAUCCGCGGCGGCUUCCAGUGCUACUAUCCUCCCGUGGGUCAGCCCGUCCGCCGCGUCCGGAAGACCACUAUCGCCGACGUGGCGAACCGGAUAUCGGACUUGGAAAAGUCUCUGGUGGCCGGCGCCGUCGACCAGCACCAUGCCGCCUUCCGCACGCCCUCCGCACCGGGCUCCGUCUCCGAUUUCGCCUCCAAUCAUCAUCACCAUCAGCAGCAGCAGCAGCAGCAGCAUCAGAACCCUCCGGCGUCGACCCCGAGAUCGGGAAUAGCGCCGCCUCCGGAUUCCCAUGGUAAGUUUGCGGGUGAUGAGAUCUUGGUGCGCAAGGGGACUUCGACCCAGUACUUCGACGAGGUCUUGAUCUCCCGCGUCAUAGAAGAGGAACAUGACAUACAAUCGGUCCUAAGCACUCCAGGGAGCGAACCGGCGCCCCAAGCGGCCCCGUCGCCCUUCAAUCCGAUGGGCAUCCUGUCUGCCCCGGAUCCCAAACUGCACCUCGCGGACCUGCUCCCUCCCAAGUCCGGCGCCGUGGAACUGUGGAGGAACUACGUCGACAACAUCGAGGUCUGCAACAAGGUCCUCCACCGGCCGACCGCCGAGGUCCUCGUCUACACUGCCAUCGAUGAUCCCCACAACGCGCCCGUCGAGGCCAUGGCCAUCGUUUUCUCCGUUUUCUUCAUAUCCGUCAUCAUCCUCGAACCCGCCACGGUCCAGAGCCUGACCGGGGAGGAUAAAACGACAAGUCUCCACCGCUUCAAGACGGGGCUUGAGCAGGCCUUCGCCAAGGCCGACUUCCUCGAGCAUCCCUCGGUACGACUCUUGGAGGCGUUGGCCAUCUACUUGGCCGCUCUGAGGAUACACAACCCCGGCCGGGGCCUGUGGACCUUGAACGGACUGGCAAUCCGGGCCGCGCAGUCCAUCGGUCUGCACAGGGACGGCACGAAGCUCGGCCUCACGACGUUUGAGUCCGAGAUCCGGAGGCGGAUAUGGUGGCAUCUCCUCGGGCGGGACGGCCGAGCGGGCGAGGACUACGGCAUCCAGAACUCGACCGGCUUCAGCCUGCACGCCGGCGUGAGCUACCCGUCCAACCUGGACGACGGCGACCUGUACCCGGAGAUGAGGGAGCUUCCGCCGCCGAGGCUGGGCUGGACCCAGCUCACCCUAGUCCUCAUCAACAUCCAGUCCGGCCGGACGUGGCACCGCCUCGCGGCCAUGGCCUCGUCGUGGGCCGAGAAGCCGACGCCCGAGUCCGUCCGCGCGCAAAUCGUCCGGGAGCUGCACGACUACGCCGAGGGCUUCCUCCAGAACUGUAAACUGGUGAUCCCCGAGCAGCGGCAGACGAUUCUCGUCGCGCGCUUCAUGAUCCGCAAGCUCGACCUCGUCACGCGGCAGCAGUGGCUGCACCUCGAGCACCCGGAGGCGCGCGAGUCGUUCGCAACGGAGGAGAACCUCCAGGAGGCGCUCGGGAUCCUCGAGGCUUGCAUGAGUCUGGCCUCGGACGAGCUGCUGCGGCCGUACCGGUGGAAUAUGCGGUCGUAUCCGCCGUACCACAUGCUGCUCUACGUGCUGUGGCACCUGUGCGUCAAGCCCGAGGGCCCCAGUGUCGAAAAGGCGUGGAGGGCGGUGGACGAACACUCGGCCCUCAUCCGGCAGGUCAGCUCGGGCUCCGAGCCGGCGGCCAAAAUGACGAUACUGGACGCGCUGCGGGCCAAGGCGCUUGCCGUGCGUCAGCGUCUAGCGCAGCAGAACGAAGGAGAUGGCGAGGGUGCCAGUGACGCCGGCGCCGACGUCGAGGCGGCCGGCAACGCGGACAAGGAGGCGUAUCCGACGCCGAGAGCCGAGGACAGGCCAGACGCCGACGGGCAGGACCCUGCUCUGUACGGCAUUGCCGGUGCUGAGGGGAUGGACUGGAGCAGCAUGAUGCAGGAUUUCCCGGACUGGGGCACGUUGAUGAACGAGUUCCAAGUGGACGGUCUGGACUUCCCCAACUACCUGAACUGA